CCCACCCAAAGGAAUGUUCUUUUGUAGAGGAGGAACCUCUUUACACACACACACACACACAGAUCUUUGCAGCACCAUGACCACGUUCUGGAGUUUUGUGUUGUUUCUGUUCGUACUGAGACAGUCAGCGGUCAGAUCAGUGGCUCCUAUAAACUGUGUUUGGGGCCCGUGGUCUCCCUGGUCCCCCUGCAAUGCCUGCACAAAAACACAGACUCAGAUCCGCUCUGUCUCAGUGUAUCCACAGUUUGAAGGUUCUCCGUGUUCAGGUCCUUCACUCCGCACACAGAACUGUGAAACGACUCAAGGCUGCCCCCUAGAGGAGGGAUGUGGGAACCGCUUCCGCUGUCAAUCUGGGAAAUGUGUCAGUCAGAGUUUGGUGUGUAAUGGUGAUCAGGACUGUGAGGACGGGUCAGAUGAAUGGAAAUGUUCCAGCCAGAGUGUAUGUGACCUACAGAGACCUCCACCACAGAUAGAAGCUUCUGGACAAGGGUAUGAUGUGGUGAAGGAGGAGUUCAGAGCAAGUGUAAUAAACACUCAGGUGUUUGGAGGUCAGUGUAGAAAGGUCUUCAGUGGAGAUCAUCAGAACUUUUACAGACUUCCACAGAGCGCUCUGGGUUACUACUUCCAGGUCGCGGCUAAAAAUGAUUUCUCGAGCGAGUUUUAUGAAAGCUCCUGGAACUACAUAAACAGAAUCGAAAACCGCGAGAGCACCACAGGGACGACGAGUGGACACAACCACUUCACCUCCACAGAGGAACUGAAGAAGAUACAGUCAAAGCAGUUGGUGGAGGUCAGCAGUGACAUUGAAGUGGCUCGUGUCCAGAACCAGUCACCACAGUACCUCCCGAUCUCUGAGGACUUCUGGAGAGCCCUGUCCUCUCUCCCUGUGGUGUACGACUACUCCGCUUACCACUCAGUGCUGGACAGGUUCGGAACACACUACGUGUCUGAGGGAACGUUAGGAGGACGCUUCAGAGCUCUGCUCUACUUCAGCCUGGACUUUAUAGAGAGCAGACGAAAGAAGGUGCAGGAUUUUCAUGAGUGUGUUAAGAAGACGCACACUGUCCUCUUCUUCAUCCGCUGGACAACUGAAAGAUGCAGAAGUUAUUAUAAUGAAAUAGAAAACUUCAGUAAGCCAGAGAACAGUAACUCGCAGAACCUCAAAAGUGUGAGUGUGAUCGGAGGACAUCCUGCUUACAUCUCCAAACUUCAAACACUGGAUGUUAAUAACGCUGCAGGAAACCUAAACACCUUCUCCAUGUGGGCCGGCUCCGUGAAGAACCUCCCUGUUCUCACCAACUACAAGACACGGCCGCUGUAUGAGUUGGUGAAGGAAGUGUCGUGUUCGGACGUGAAGAAGCUUCACCUGAAGCAAGCGACUGAAGAGUACCUGAGGGAGAGAGACUCAUGCCACUGUAGCCCCUGCAGGAAUAACGGCCUGUCAGUGCUGAGGGGCGGAGUGUGUGUGUGUGUGUGUAAACUGGGAACAAACGGACUCGCGUGUGAGCAUGGAGCACCAGUGAAUGAACAACCAGGUGUGAUUGAUGGAGGUUGGUCCUGCUGGUCAGAGUGGUCUUCCUGUUCUAGUGGACGUCGCAGUCGGACUCGAUCCUGCACUCAUCCCCAGCCACAGAACGGAAGAGACUGCGUGGGAGACGCAGCAGAAACACGGAGCUGUGAUGAGGAAGAGGAGCUGCAGUACCUACGGACGGUCCAGCCGCACUGCUUCGAUCAGAGUCUGGAGCCCACGAAGAGCUGCCCAGGUCCUCCUGCUCUACACAACGGCUUGGUCCUGGUGAGACAGAGACGGCGUUACCAUGACAACAGUACAAUAAACUAGUCAGGCAGCAGGGGAAAUACGGUG